AUGCCAAAAAAAUCAAAUUCAUUUUCUGAUUUAAAUCUGAUAGAAGCCAUAAAGGCAGUAGACAAUGGAAUUUCUAAAAAAGCUUUUGCCAAACAAUUUGGAGUUGCUAGUGUUUUGAGUGUUGAAGAAGAGAAAUCACUUGUUAAAUGGCUUCUAGAUUGUUCUAAAAAAGGAUUUCCUAGGCGACGUGAGGAUCUACAACAGAGUGUUAAAUUGUUUUUGGAUGACCAGGGAAGAUCUAGUCCGUUUACUAAUAAUUUGCCUGGAAUUACUUGGUAUAAAGCAUUUUUAAAAAGAAAUCCUAUAAUUUCACAAAGAACCAGUGAGCAUGUGACUUCUGCUAUUGGAAAUGUGAGCGAAGAAAAUAUAAAAAAAUGGUUUAAUGACAUUCAUGCAUAUUUAUCUGAUGAAAAAUUGGUAGAUAUUUUAAAUGAGCCAGAAAGAAUUUUCAAUGGUGACGAAACUGGUUUUUCACUCUGCCCUAAAACCAAAUCUGUCUUAGGCCCAAGAGGGGCUAAAGAUAUUUAUGAAAUCGCUAAAGGGAAUGAAAAAGAAAAUAUUACUGCCAUGUUUACAUUUAAUGCAGCUGGUCAGAUGUGUAAUCCAAUGAUCAUUUAUAAAUAUCAAAGAAUACCUCAAAAUAUAAUUGACACAAUACCACCUCAUUGGGGAGUUGGGCGACUUAAAAAUAAUUUUAAUUGCAUUAUACCCAAAUGCAACCCGUAUUUUACAACCUGCAGAUGUUCUGCAUUUAGGCCUUUGAAAUCUGGAUGGAAAAAAGGUUUAUCAGAAUGGCGAAAUAAAAAUCCACACAGUUCGGUGACAAAAAAAGAUUUUGCACCGAUACUUGAUGCUGUAUUAAAAACUACUGUUAAAAGUAGUACCCUAAUAAACGGUUUCAAAGCAUGUGGACUCUUUCCUUGGAAUCCAGAUCAAAUAGAUUAUAAAAAAUGCUUGGGUAAAAAUUAUUUUUCUACUAUAAAUGAAACAACAACAACAAUUAACAUUGCCAAUAAUAUCAAAAAUUUAAAUCUUAAAGAAUUUUCUGAUAUUAUUGGCAUUGAAACGUUAGAAAAAUUUAAUAAUAUUGAGAACAUUGUUGAAACAGAAAAUCAAUCUGAAGAAUUUUUUAUUUUAUAUAGAAUUUAUGAACAAUUAAAAGGUAAUCAACAGAACAGCGAAGUAGACCUUGAACUUGAAAAAGAAAAAUCUAAUGCAGAUCAGUCAAACUCUGCUAUUGUUACAACAAGUUCUUCUGAAGUGGAAUUAGAAAAAGAAAUUUUAGGGACUCCAAUUAACCACCCGGACACCCUAAUAAAAAACAAUAAAAAUCAUAUAAUUCUAAAAAAGUUAGAAAUAUCACCAAUUGAGUCAUGUUUGAUUUGGCUUGUGACUCCUGAAAGAAAAGGUACAAGAAUAACAGAAAGGGUACCAUAUGUAAUUACAUCAGAUAAUUGGAAAAACUUAUAUGAAAAUAAAGAAAAAAAGAAACGGUCUAUUGAAGAAGAAAAAGAAAUGAGAAAGAAAACUAGGGAAGAAAACAAAAUAUUGAAAGAAAUAAAAGAAAUAUUUUGCAUUAUUAAAACAGGAUGUUGUAAAUUAUGUAAUACUGACAUAGAACAAUCAAACUUGGGUAUUGAAUGUAAUUUUUGCUUUGAUAAAUUCCACCAAAAAUUUGCCAACUAUGAUUCAUUUUGUGAUCUUAGUAGUGAUGAAACACUAUUUAUAUGCGAAAGUUGUGAAAAAUCGGUAAUUGUUAACUAA